CCGUGCGCGCCGGGGUCACGACGCAGGGGCGGCUCGGAGCAGCCUGGGAGAUGUAGUCCUCGGACCGUCCCCGCUAGAGGCUGCACAGCCCGUCGGGACCCCCGCCGCCGUGCCCGCCGCCGCCGGGCCGGCGCCCUCCCGUUUCCUUCCUCCAGGGGGAAAAAAAAUAAAAAUGUCCUUCGGGCCGCCGUCCGGGAAGCGGCAGCAUGUGGCGCUUCGCUGUCAGUAGCAACAAGGUCAGCGCCCCUUCUCCGCGUCUUGCCCCCUCAGCUCUCGCGCUCAGGUGGGACAGAGCCAGCUGCGCAAACCAUGCAGGAUGAUUUACUGAUGGACAAAAGCAAAACCCAGCCCCAGUCUCAGCAGCAGCAGCAGCAGCGGCAGCAGCAGCAGCAGCAGCAGCAACAGCUCCAGCCCGAGCCCGGCGCAGCUGAAGCUCCGUCCACGCCCCUCUCCUCAGAGACCCCCAAGCCCGAAGACAGUAGCGCAGUGCCGGCCCUCAGCCCCGCCUCGGCUCCGCCAGCCCCCAACGGCCCGGACAAGAUGCAGAUGGAGUCGCCGCUCCUGCCGGGCUUGAGUUUCCAUCAGCCCCCUCAGCAGCCGCCGCCGCCGCCACAGGAGCCCGCGGCUCCCGGAGCGUCGCUGUCGCCGUCCUUCGGCAGCACCUGGUCCACGGGCACUACGAACGCGGUGGAGGACAGCUUCUUCCAGGGGAUCACCCCAGUCAACGGGACCAUGCUCUUCCAAAACUUCCCGCACCACGUCAACCCGGUCUUCGGAGGCACCUUCUCGCCGCAGAUCGGCCUGGCGCAGACCCAGCACCAUCAGCAGCCACCGCCGCCCGCGCCGCAGCCGCCGCAGCCCGCGCAGCCCCCGCAGGCGCAGCCCUCGCAGCAACGCCGCUCGCCCGCCAGCCCCAGCCAGGCGCCCUAUGCGCAGAGGAGCGCCGCCGCCUACGGCCACCAGCCCAUCAUGACCAGCAAGCCGUCCUCAUCCUCGGCCGUCGCGGCUGCUGCGGCCGCGGCCGCUGCCUCUUCGGCCUCGUCCAGCUGGAACACGCACCAAAGCGUGAACGCCGCCUGGAGUGCUCCGUCCAACCCGUGGGGUGGCCUGCAGGCGGGCCGAGACCCUCGCCGCGCGGUCGGCGUGGGCGUGGGUGUAGGUGUGGGGGUACCCUCCCCGCUUAACCCCAUCUCACCGCUCAAAAAGCCCUUCUCCAGCAACGUGAUCGCUCCACCCAAGUUCCCUCGUGCAGCUCCGCUCACCUCCAAGUCCUGGAUGGAGGAUAACGCUUUCCGGACCGAUAAUGGUAACAAUCUGUUGCCCUUUCAGGACCGGAGUAGGCCCUAUGACACUUUUAACUUGCACUCCUUGGAGAACUCCUUAAUGGAUAUGAUAAGGACUGACCAUGAGCCUCUGAAAGGUAAACACUACCCUCCCAGUGGCCCACCAAUGAGUUUCGCUGAUAUAAUGUGGAGGAAUCAUUUUGCAGGACGCAUGGGAAUAAAUUUCCACCAUCCAGGAACAGAUAACAUCAUGGCACUGAACACCAGGAGCUAUGGGCGGAGACGAGGUCGGUCUUCUCUCUUUCCCUUUGAAGACGCCUUCUUGGAUGACAGCCAUGGUGAUCAGGCCUUAUCAUCUGGCUUAAGUUCUCCCACUCGAUGUCAAAAUGGGGAGCGAGUGGAACGCUACUCUAGAAAGGUGUUUGUUGGAGGCCUUCCUCCUGACAUCGAUGAAGAUGAGAUCACUGCCAGCUUUCGCAGGUUUGGACCUCUUGUGGUGGACUGGCCUCAUAAAGCCGAGAGCAAGUCGUACUUCCCUCCUAAAGGCUAUGCUUUCCUGCUGUUCCAGGAGGAGAGCUCAGUGCAAGCGUUGAUAGAUGCCUGCCUAGAAGAGGAUGGGAAACUGUACCUGUGUGUGUCCAGCCCCACCAUCAAGGAUAAGCCGGUGCAAAUCCGACCAUGGAACCUAAGUGACAGUGACUUUGUAAUGGAUGGCUCUCAGCCUUUGGACCCCAGAAAAACUAUCUUUGUUGGGGGAGUUCCACGACCCCUUCGAGCUGUUGAACUGGCAAUGAUAAUGGACCGUUUGUACGGCGGUGUUUGCUAUGCUGGCAUUGACACAGACCCAGAGCUGAAGUAUCCGAAAGGUGCUGGGCGUGUUGCGUUCUCCAAUCAGCAGAGCUACAUUGCGGCCAUCAGUGCGCGCUUUGUGCAGCUUCAACACAACGACAUUGACAAACGGGUGGAAGUGAAGCCGUACGUGCUGGAUGAUCAGAUGUGUGACGAGUGUCAGGGCACACGCUGUGGUGGGAAGUUUGCCCCAUUCUUCUGUGCCAACGUCACCUGUCUGCAGUACUACUGUGAAUACUGCUGGGCCAGCAUCCACUCCCGAGCCGGCCGUGAGUUCCACAAACCACUGGUGAAGGAAGGAGGCGACCGCCCCCGGCACGUCCCAUUCCGCUGGAGCUGAGCCCCGGGCCGACACAGCUACAAGUACUGGAGUAGAUCACAAGGAGGAAGAGAGGGCACUGCCUCAGGGCUCAUGGUGUUCUGGAAAUCUGUGCAUUCGUUCUCGAUUUUUAAAGAAGAAAUGGGUCUUUUUAUUAUUAUUAUUAUUAUCAUUUACAGUCAUAUUACUGAACUCAGCGUCCAGUAUAAUGCAGAAUCGCAGAGUGUGUAUCGGUACCCAUUUGCACUUUUGACUCACA